GUUGGAUUUUGUUACAACGAGUGAGAAAGCCAGCAGCCAAGGAAGAAUUCUGCUCGCACCAUUCGAAAGUGCUUUCCAUUUCAGUACGACGAGGUAGACGGGAAGGAAAAGGAAAGUGACUGCCACUACUCCAACCCGGACGGACUCCGUUCUCAGUUCUGCUUUUAUCCUGGUGAAAGUCCGAGAGCCGAGUAGUUGGAUUUCGAUUCUCACCACGUGAAAGUCUGUUCGUGAUGUUCGUUCCAUCGCCACUUUCAGCAGCAACAACACUUUCUCCUAGUUCUGGCUGAGACUCACAUGGGCUCUCUCGCCUUUUUUGCAUUGUGUGCUCUGUACGAGGAAGUGCAACAGUGUCAGCUGCGUUAUAUCUCUUUCCGGACCGGAAAGAAGACGUUGUUGUGGUCGCGUUCAUGGAUUUAUGACAGUCGCUGACAGAUUUGUCGGAAUUUUGAAUUUUAAUCGUGCAUACAAACCUGCAAGAACCUUCAUUGUGUGAUUAGCAUAGUUUGGAUGUGUAUGAAAAUUAACAGUCAACCAAACAUUAACGUUUUCCAUGCAUGCAAAUGUGUAAUCGGUUCAAAUCGAACGAAUUAGAUUGGAUUAUCAACGGUAAAAAUAUUCCAAAGGCUUUCCCUUGACUUUGGCCCUGAUUUAGAAGCGGAACCAUAACAAAGUUAUUCAUGCGGAUGAAGAUAAAAGGGAGGGAUACAUAACGAGAGUCAGCAAAUUGUUGGAGUGGACUUCGAGAAGGAACAACACGACAGUGACAACAAUCCAAUCGGCCAUCGAAUUUGCUGCUCAACAAUAGUGAACCAGCAAGAGGCGACGAGGUAUCGAAAAUCGACCCCCAACCAAACCCAGCAAAACAGUUAUUACCACCACCACACGAGAUCGUCUGUCAGGGAUCGAGCAGUGAUGCAUUUUCUCAGUCUCGCGAGCAUCCUUACUUGAGUCGACGAAGAAUAGAAAGCAAGAUUGGCCCACACAAUCUGAGUGAGUCAGCAAUCAACUUGCACACUUUUUGCAGUUUAAAACUUUAUCAAAACCCAAUUGUGUGUCGAAUCGAACUGUGUAACAUUUUAUAAAAACUUUUGCUCCCAACGAGUAAAAAACGGCGUAUUUGCCAUUCCCAAGUUUUAUCAACUGGAAAAUUACCUGAGAUUAUCCACGAACUCGCAACAUUUACCGUGCUAUCCUACAUUAUUACACCGUCUACGAGAUUUACAUAAUAUAAAACUUACGGUUUCAGCAGUGGCAUAGUUAUUAUACGUGCAAAUAUAUUAACUAUACUACAUAUUUCGUGGUAUAGCGAGGAACGGUUAAGUGAGACGCCUCUAUUAUCGAUUUCCAGAUACUUGCGUUAAUAAAAUAACCGCAAAAGAAUUGUGUUUCUCGAGUGAAGAAAACCCUAAAGAUCUUUCCAUUGAAAACAGUUCGGCGUGCGUGAGAACUGUACUUAUUAUUAUUAGUCGUAGUAGAGUACCUGCCAAUUCUCUGCGGUUAUUUUCCACUCUGACGACAGAUGUGCUGCUGUGAACGCAAGCAAUUUUAAUUACUGAGAACGACGAGUAACUGAAACCUUGUUGGAGAAGUGUAUGGAUGCGGAGAGUGGAAAAUAAUAAUAAAUACAUCAAACAAUUGAUCACACGGCGUCAUUAUUUUCAAUUAGCAGCGUUUCAACAGCAGUAGUUCGUAGUUGUACAGAAGGAAAGAUGGACAAUUCUUCAGGAGACAUGGUCACAUUCAUGUUUCAACUGGGCCUUGUUCGUGACUCGGCCACAGUGGAUACAUCUCUUCUCACCCUUAAAACUUUAAAGGAGGAAGCAUGCAAGUUCAUCAUGAAAAAGUUCCCAGAGCACGGACUGAGCCGAUUGAACGAGCGAUUACUUCUUUUCCGGCAUGAUUACAGCUCUACAAACAUUUUGCAGAUGAUUAACUCGGCAUCAGAGAUCAAUGAUGAGACCCUCGUCGAAAUCGUGCUUACAGCUUCUGCUCCCUCCGGAGAAGAAAGUGUCCAGAUCCGACCCCACAGUCUUUCCGUCCAUUCAUACAAAUCGCCUUCCUUUUGUGAUUGUUGCGGUGAAAUGCUAUUUGGACUUGUUCGUCAGGGCCUGAAAUGUGAAGGUUGUGGCUUGAACUUUCACAAAAGGUGUGUCUACAAGAUUCCAAAUAACUGCAGUAAUAAUUACCACGGGAAAAGACGUCGGUCCUCAACAUUCUUGGGCCUACCCCGGAGUUCGUCAGAGUCUGGCUCAAUUGGCUCGAUCAAUUCUGGUCUUUCUGAUGACAAUUCUCCUGCAACUAUUGGAGGGCUGCUUGCCCCAUCACCAAACAAUGGCAAAAGUCGGAGCAGAUCCCCUUCAUUGGGAGGAAGGCCACCUUGGGUGGAACGAGAAAUUGCUGGUCGCAUCAAAAUCCCGCAUACCUUCAUGGUCCACUCCUAUACCCGCCCAACCGUUUGUUCGUACUGUAAAAAACUCCUGAAAGGAUUCCUGAAACAAGGACUGCAGUGCAGAGACUGCAAGUACAACGUUCACAAAAAAUGCAUGGACAGAGUCCCAAAGGAUUGUGCUGGCGAAGCCCCCAAGGAUAUGGGCGAGGCGUCGAGUCAAGAAAGUUUUGAGUCUGACAAGAACCCAUCCAUCGGAAGUCGUGACAGCAAUGAAGCCUUGGAGGAUGAUUCGGACGAUUCGGGCUCUCCUCCAGCCGGAAUGUACAAGGAAGGAGCCGACAGCCCCUCGCCACACUUUCCCAAUGGCAACGUCACACCGAUACUGGUUGAAGACCACGAUUCUCCCGAAGAUCCGGUGAAGAUUAGAACUGCCAGCCCCACUCAGAGCAACAAUAUCCCUUUGAUGAGAAUCGUCCAGUCUGUGAAACACACCAAGAGACGUGGUUCCAAAGUUAUUAAGGAAGGCUGGAUGGUCCACUUUACGAACAAAGAAAACUCGAAAAAACGACAUUACUGGAGACUGGAUGCAGCUGGAGCCCUAACACUUUUCCAGAGUGAAAGCACAAGCAAAUAUUUUAGAGAAAUCCCGUUAGCAGAAAUAAUAUCAAUCGAACCAGCCAAAGCACCUCAAGGAGAUAACAUGCAUUGCUUCGAGAUAAGGACUGCAAAUGUGGACUACUACAUCGGGACACCUGAUGGAGAAGAUCCACUCUAUGGGGCAAAAGAUCUCACAAAAGCGACUCCUCCCCCAGAGACUGGUAUUGGCACACAUUUGGCAAAGUCAUGGGAAACCGCAAUUCGGGCAGCUCUCAUGCCCAUCACUCCGCAAGCCAGCAUUGCUGCCUCCAACCGAAAGGACGACGAGAGAGAAGAUCGUAUCACAGAGAUAAGCCAAAUUUAUCAAAUUUUUCCUGAUGAGGUUCUUGGGUCAGGACAGUUUGGAACUGUUUAUGGAGGUGUACAUCGAAAGACCAACCGACCAGUAGCGAUUAAAGUAAUUGACAAGUUAAGAUUCCCAAGAAAACAGGAAGAUCAACUUAAAAACGAAGUUGCAAUCUUACAAAAUAUAUCACAUCGAGGUGUUGUAAAUUUGGAAAGAAUGUUCGAAAGUCCAGAGCGAAUAUUUGUGGUAAUGGAGAAGCUGAGAGGAGAUAUGCUCGAAAUGAUUCUGUCGCGUGAGAGGCUCACUGAACGAAUUUCCAAGUACUUGAGUUAUCAAAUCCUGGUUGCUCUUAAACAUUUGCAUAGUAAGAACAUUGUCCAUUGUGAUCUAAAACCCGAAAACGUCCUCCUUUCUUCAGAUUCAGACUUUCCCCAAGCCAAGCUGUGUGAUUUUGGGUUCGCUAGAAUUAUAGGAGAAAAGUCAUUCAGACGAUCAGUCGUUGGAACUCCAGCAUAUUUAGCUCCAGAAGUAUUAAGAAAUAAGGGCUAUAAUCGGUCUUUGGACAUGUGGAGCGUGGGAGUCAUAAUCUAUGUGAGUUUGAGUGGCACGUUUCCAUUCAACGAAGAUGAAGAUAUAAACGAUCAAAUUCAAAACGCUGCCUUCAUGUACCCACCCAACCCCUGGAAAACCAUUUCCCCGGAAGCAAUCGACUUAAUAAAUAACCUACUCCAAGUGAAGCAGAGGAAGCGAUAUACAGUGGACAAGUCACUGAAUCAUUAUUGGCUGCAAGACUACCAAACCUGGUGUGACCUCAAGGAGUUGGAGAGACAAGUUGGAUGCAGAUACCUAACUCACGAGUCUGAUGAUGCCCGAUGGCAAAAUUAUCGCAAAGAGCAUGGGAGUAAUAAUGGGUCCACGAACGGACUUCCUUCAGCUUCUGACUCUUUGUCCACUAACCUUUCCAAGUUGCGUCUUUAGCAGCAGUACGAGAGAUUAUUUUAGUUUUAUUAAAUCACGGCCAACCGAGUCCUCCUUACCAAACACUUACAGCUGGAAGGAAAAUUCGAUUCCCGAUAUUCCUGAGGAGGUAGAAAACAAUUCGCCGUGGAGCAACUCCUCUUUAGUAUCGUCUCAAGGAGAUUUGCGUAUAAGACUUGUUUGUCGCGAUGAUUCGUCCACCUUUUUAUAGGAAAUAUACAUAUGGAUUUAUAAACUUGAGAUUUUUAUGCAUAUUUCUAAUAUUGCAUUGAUUUUAGUGGUGGCUAUUGGCCGUGAGUGAUUCAGAUUAUACAAAUAUAUACACAACAAAUUUCUCUAUUGUUUGUACACUGUAGUUUUAUAUGAAAGAAUACAACAGUGUCAGUAAUUACAUACAUCGUUCAACAAGAUUGAGAAACACUGCUUCGGGUCAUUUUCGAAUUUUUAACACCGCCAAGGUACCAAUAUUUACCUUGCAGCAACACAAAUUCAGUUCUCAAAAAUUUGAUAUUUUAGUACCAUGAAAUCUCAUUGAACGUGUGGGACCAUUUUUCAAGCUUGAAUGUUCCUUUUUAUAGUGUUCCCUACACUUUUUUAUACAUUCUAUCUCACGUCCUCCUGUAACCUUUUACGGCAGUAUCGCAAUUCCUUAUAACAUUGCUAAUUAUCUCGAACAAGGUGUAUAUUCGCAUAAAAAUGGUUUUAAAAAUAGUUACAAUAAGUCAAAUCGUUAGUUUAUUAGAAAACGGCAGAUAAAUAUCUAGGAUAAUGCAACAUUGGAUAAUAUUUUGUACUACUUCAAGAUUGAUUAUUUUAUAACGAAUGUAAAAAUUUUAAUGUUUCUGAAUAUUAAUACUAUUGUCAUUCCAUGAAAAUAAAAUAAAAUUUGUGACAUUGUAACUUUUGAACGAAA